AUGAAGUCCUUCUUCGCCGUUCCCGCGCUUUUGGCCGCCGUCGCCAUGGUCUCAGCAAGCCCAGCACCAGAACCUACAGCCCAGCCAGCAUGGUCAUUCACCUUCACCGUUUCCGACUCCAGCAGCACCUGGACAUCCUUGACAUAUGCCAGCGAAGCUCCCAACGCGACCCUCGCCAGCGCUGCCACCAGCACUGCCUGGUCAAGCGUUGCCGAGCACACCUCGUACACCAAAUACAAUGCCACCUUCAGCUCCGGCGCCUCGACCUGGGUUGUCCCAACCACCGUCGCAUACGACGUCGGUUCAACCUGGACUAGCAUGGACAACGCAGAGGUCACUGCCCCUACAACCAGCAGCAGCAGCGCCGGCUCCACAACACCUGCUUCUACUUCCGCUUCCGAGACUUCCAGCACAACCGCCACCGGCACGGGUGCUGCCACGACCUUUACGGGCGCUGCUGUGCCCAACGUCAAUGGCAGAAUUGCUGGUGGAGCUGCUCUCGCCAUGGCUGGACUGGCCUUGGUUCUGUAG